AAACCAUACAAACCAUUGGCUUCAAUACAUUAGUCCAUCACUACUGCAAUACAUUCAAUGUUGACGUUGCUUAUGAACGACCCGUCAUAGUGUGUCUCCAAACGGGUGUUGUAUUGUAUUAAUAGUAUUGACUGACAAACAAUUGGUCACAAAAUUCAAGUUUUUUGUCGACAAACACAUCGACAAUGAAGAGUACGGAACCAAUGGACACGUCGUUUGCAGACAAUAUUCAUCACUAUAUGAAUUCACAAUCGGUUCAGACAUAUCUGCAUAGUCUUAGUGGUCAAGAGAAACGGUUUAGUGUUGUCGACGCCGAUCACAAUUACGCCAAACCGUGGAAUCGACACCCGGACGGCCAGAUCCGGGCAAAAGCGGCCAAAUUUUUGUUUAUGAAGAACUUCCCGAAACAUUUUGCUAAAAGAUAUCUUUAUAUGAAUUUGAUGCAACCAAUAGAUGUGGAAACUGUGGACACCGUUAAAUUGCCGCCAUUUGUGUCGGCCAAUGACUUGAAGCCGAAGAGCACAAUUCAAAUGUUGACUCCCGAAGAUCUCAAUAGCAAUGARUUGACAACACCGACGAAAACAGGRUGGACGCCACAGAUGAACAAAUUGUGGACUCAAGCCGUCGAUAUUCUCAGUUCGGAUCGUUUAACACGACUUACGUACGAUUCUCUGCCGAAUGAAGUGAUACUCAAAAAGAAUUUAAUGGAGAGAACGACCACUAAGUUUCGGUACUUGUUUGCGGCCACCGGUUGGGACAUCAAUCAGAUCUCAUGGCUCAACACAACACUUAAUGAAUAUUUAGGACCAGUAUUUCUCGGUCCAUAUCAUGAGGCCAUGAAUAUCUUGAGGAAUAAGAUCCCAACAUUAAUGGACAAAUUUUAUGUGCCGUCRAAAUAUGAAGCAUUAAUGCGAUCAACAAAAUCAAUAAGCGGUGAUCCCAUCCAAUCAAUGCUUAAUAGCUAUAAAUCGAAACGCAUAAACGGAAGCCCACUAUUUCUCAUUGUACCAAAUGGWCCACAAGUGGCGCAUCAGAUGACAUCACAGCGUAUGAAGUAUUGGCACAAUUUGUUUGGUUCAUUGGGGAAAGUCAUAACAAUUAAUGCUGUAUUGAGACCUUACGAAAUAGUGAACGACUUCAUGAAUGAGAUCCGAUAUUCUGUACGCGAGAAGAUUAAAGAGUGUAAGUCUACGUUCAAUGAGGGCCGACCUCUSGUACUCGUGGGCUUUGGUCACUCUUCACUAGUGGCCGCACACUGCGCACUGGACAACGCAUCAAAUGUUAAUGCAACCAUUUGCUUGGGUUUCCCAUUGACAGCAAUCAAUGGUUUCCGAGGAGAUUUGGAUGACCCGUUGUUAGAGACUACAGUUCCCACAAUGUUUGUCAUCGGCCAGAACUCAACAAUGGCAACACUCGACGAUAUGGAAGACUUUAGAGAGCGCAUCACUAAAACAGAAACGGGUUUAGUAGUGGUCGGCGGCGCUAAUGAUCGACUUUCUGUGUCCAACAAUAAAAAGAAGUUCGAAGGCAUCACACAAGCAAUGGUCGACCGCUGUAUUGCCGAUGAAAUCUAUGAUUUUGUUAGCAGUGCUCUCAAUCCAAGCACACAGUCAUACCCACAAUCACGCAAUUCGGCUAAAAAUACAUCCAAUAAGACACCGUUAGGUGUGACAGCUAUUCCAAAGCCUAAACCCAGACGACGUCCACCAAAUCGAGAUAAAGAUCGCGAUUCAAGAAGUAGAUCGAGAAAAAAGCCAAAAUCAUCGGAUAUUACUAAAGUUGAAAAACCUAAUAAAGAGACACCAAUUAAAGUUAAUGCAUCGGAAAAUAAAAAACCUGAACCACCUGUCACUGCAUCUGCAUCUGCAAAACCAACUCCAGCCAUAAAAGUUGAUACUCCGGUACUUAAACCGAGUACUAGUACAGCUGCACCACUACCACCACAUCCUACAGAACCAGCUAUUCAGAUGUUAUCUGAAAAGACUACGAAACCUAAUCCCGAACAAAACAUUACCCCAGAAUCGGUUCCUCUGACUCCCAUUCCUACAGAAGGAACUUUAACUCCUAAGACUGAAAGACAUUAUGGGCUUAGUUAUGGUAUUUCUGAAAUGCCAACUGUUAUCAGUCAAAGCGCUACACGAACUGGACGUCAAAUAAGAGCCCCUAAAUCAUUGGAUGUUUAA